AACAUAUCAUAUCCCACCCAUCCCGUUCCCGCAGUCCGCCCCGUCCGUAACCAACCCGUAUAUAAUAAUAAUAAUCAAUCAAAUCAAUAUCGCGUAUAUCAUAAAAAAAAAAAAAAAAACACAAAACUUUUUGUUCUGGCCGUGGUGGAGCUUUUCCUCGUAGGAUUUUCCACUACUGUUUCUUCGGGAGAUCUCGGCUGAGGUGAUGAGGCCCAAAGCGGCCUAGCGCGGUAAAAAACCCUUCUCGCCCUGCCAACCAACCGCUUUCCGCUUUUCUUUUCUUUUCUCCUCGUCAGAUUUUUUUUUUCCUCUUCUUCCUUUUUUUCUCUUCUCUCUCAUCCCCAGCACACAUCCCCUUGAGGAACUCUCCUGUCUUCUUUUUCCUCUUCAAUCUCCUCUCUUAUCCCUCUUCCUUUCUUUCUUUAGUGUUGCUUCAUAUUUCACAUCGCCCAAAAUGGCUACUCAACAGGAUAAGUCCUUCAUGGGCAUGCCCGGCUUCGUGGUCGACUUCAUGAUGGGUGGUGUCUCCGCCGCCGUCUCGAAGACCGCUGCGGCCCCCAUCGAGCGUAUCAAGCUCCUCAUCCAGAACCAGGAUGAGAUGUUGAAAACCGGCCGUCUCGACCGCAAAUACAAUGGUAUCGUCGACUGCUUCAGCAGAACCGCAAAGAACGAGGGCGUCGUCUCCCUGUGGAGAGGAAACACUGCCAACGUCAUCCGUUAUUUCCCUACCCAGGCCCUCAACUUUGCUUUCCGUGAUACCUACAAGGCCAUGUUCAACUUCAAGAAAGACAAGGAUGGAUAUGCCAAAUGGAUGGCUGGUAACUUGGCUUCCGGUGGUCUUGCUGGUGCCACCUCCCUUCUCUUCGUCUACUCCCUCGACUAUGCCCGUACCCGUCUUGCCAACGAUGCCAAGAGCUCCAAGGGCACUGGCGAGCGUCAAUUCAACGGCCUGAUCGAUGUCUACAAGAAGACCCUCAAGUCUGAUGGUAUCGCUGGUCUCUAUCGUGGUUUCGGUCCCUCCGUCCUUGGAAUUGUCGUCUAUCGUGGUCUCUACUUCGGCAUGUACGACUCCAUCAAGCCUGUCCUCCUCGUUGGUCCUCUUGAGGGCAGCUUCAUCGCCUCCUUCAUGCUCGGCUGGGGUGUCACCACUGGUGCUGGUAUUGCUUCUUAUCCUCUUGACACUAUCCGUCGUCGUAUGAUGAUGACGUCUGGUGAGGCCGUUAAGUACUCCUCGUCCUUGGAUGCUGCCCGACAGAUCGCCGCCAAGGAAGGUGUCCGAUCCUUCUUCAAGGGUGCUGGUGCUAACAUCCUCCGUGGUGUCGCCGGUGCUGGUGUGCUCUCCAUCUACGACCAAGUCCAGCUCCUCCUCUUCGGCAAGGCCUUCAAAUAAACGCAUGUAUUAUUCAACAAAUCCCUUGUGGUUGAAGGGAUGGGGCCGGCUUAGAGUGGUGUGAGUUGAGGUUGUUUGCGCUGCAGGGGGUGCAUUGGGGCAUGUUGGGGCAUGUGGCGCUGCGGGAGCGUUGUAUGGCGGGGGAGAAAAAAGAAACAGAAAAAAAAAGAAACAAAAAAGAUAGACGAUGUGCGUCAAGAACUACCUUUUUCCUUUGGUCUUGGUCGCAUGGAAGCAAAUAUGGGUCUUUUUCUCCUUAAAACAUGUUGUAACUUUACUACCACUACUACUGCUGCCUGCGAGCUUUUUCUUUUUCUCUGUACUUCCUCUUGUGUAUGUGUGUUCAAAUUUUGGCAUUCAAAUCAAUUCCCUCAAGUUUCCUUUUCUAAACUUCCUCUUUCCUGUUAGUCUUUUUUCAGCUUUUCCCCAUCUGUCAUAAUACGCUUCUGGGACUCUUCUGGGGUCUGGGAUAGAGAAAGCUCGUUAUCACCAAGUAGAUAAAAGUUUGUUACCCUAUAUUUUUUGUCCAGAUAUCAUAUCUGGUGGACAUUCACAAGCGGAAAUUGCGUUGCUCACAUAUUUUUGAAGUACACGUGACUGAUGAUAUCAAUUUAAAAGGAGCUCAGCAAGCAACUACUUGUCUACAUAGCUUUGACCAGACCUCAAGUUGCAUACCACUCCACGCGAAUCCCUAUAUAUCCAGUUAUCGAACAUUGUCUAUUGUUGAUUUCACGUUCACUUGCAUUCAUUCAAUCAUCAUGGUAUCCCACACCCAAACCAAAGGGGAUGUAGACAUACCUAACCAGAAAUCCCCUUCGACCGACCCAUCUGAAGCUCCCGUCUCAAAGGCACAGGAGCCUAAAACAUCCCCUUCCGCCCCUACAUCUAUACCUACAGCUGUCCCUAUGGGCAUAGACAGUAGCGAUAGCAAUGCCAACAAUGCCGACCCCGCCCCGCCCGCCUCCAUCUCCACCUCCAUCUCCACCCAUCCCGCGCCGAUGGUAUAUGCGCCAGGUUCACUCUCGCAAUCCACAACGCAGACGGCACCUAUCCCUCCAACAGCGGUAGAUGCAUCAUCCUCUCUAUCAUCGCCUCCACCACUAGCCCUAGCAGCAGCUCCCAUCACAAACACCGAAACCACACCUCUAUCCGGAGCCGGGGCAGGAGCGGGAAGCGGAGCGGGACCAGGGGCAGGCCACACCACCCUUCACCACCCCUCUAUCCUACCCCCCCCGACAACCACCACCCCCACCACCACAAAAAGCAGGCCAGAUCCCCGAAGCCACUACGGCCGUCGCCCCUCCCACCCCCUUCCCGAAAAACAAAAACCAACCCGCCCGGCCCCUCACCGCCAAAAACCCCCCCCCC